AAUUCACGCACACAGACAAUUGAUUACAAUACACAUACGUAUACAAUACAUACAAAAACAUAUAUAUAUCUAUCGAUAUUUGUACGUAUGUGUGCCGGUAAUUGCAUAAGAUUUACAGUACAUAUAGCCGUUAUAUUUCUUAGAGUAUAAGGAAAGGCGAAAAAAGGGGGAGAAAAAAAGGUGGUUUUCGAUUGAAGGAAAUGCCGCCGGCGGGGAUUCUGGUGGUGUCGGUGGUGUCGGUGGUGUCGGCGGCUCUGCUAUUGACGGUGGCGGUCGGCGUAUUGGUCGGCGGCGAAGGGAGGAACGUGAUGCUCGCUCUGGAGAGGGCGAGUCACGAUGGAAUGGGGGUGAGUCAACUCAGGGACCGUGACCGCGUUAGGCACGGUAGAUUCCUGCAGCAGCAGCAACCUUUGGGGGUUGUUGAUUUCCCUGUACAAGGCACCUAUGAUCCUUACCUUGUUGGGCUAUACUUUACAAGAGUGAAAUUGGGGACUCCACCAAAAGAAUUCUAUGUACAGAUAGAUACCGGUAGUGAUGUGCUAUGGGUUGGCUGCAAUCCUUGUAGUGGUUGCCCCACGUCCAGUGGUCUCCAAUUGGAGCUCGAGUUUUUCGAUCCUGCCAGCUCAUCCACAGCUUCUCCAAUCUCAUGUUCCGACCGAAGAUGUGCUUUGGGAGCAGAAUCGUCCGAUUCUGGCUGUUCGGAUCAGAAUCAGUGUGGAUACACAUUUCAGUAUGGUGAUGGAAGUGGGACAUCAGGAAAUUAUAUAGAGGAUUCAAUUUAUUUCGAUUCAAUCGUCGGGAAUUCACUGAGUUCGAAUAAUUCAGCACCCGUUGUUUUUGGUUGUAGCACAUCACAGUCUGGGGAUCUGACAAAGCCAGACAGGGCAGUUGAUGGUAUAUUUGGAUUCGGACAACAAGGAUUAUCUGUUAUUUCGCAGCUUUCGUCGCAGGGAAUCACCCCAAAUGCUUUUUCUCAUUGUUUGAAAGGAGAAAGUGGUGGUGGUGGAAUAUUGGUGCUCGGUCAGAUAGUCGAGCCAAAUAUGGUGUACACUCCGCUCGUUCCAUCGCAGCCACAUUACAAUGUAAAUCUACAAAGUAUUGCUGUUAAUGGGCAGACAUUAAACAUCGAUCCAUCAGUAUUUGCAACGUCAAACAACCAAGGAACAAUAAUUGACUCCGGAACAACAUUGGCAUACUUUGCGGAAGAGGCUUAUGAUCCUUUUGUUACUGCUAUUACGGAAACUGUUUCACAAUCUGUUCGUCCGAUACUUGUCAAGGGAAACCAGUGUUAUCUAACAACCUCCAGUAUCUUAGACGUUUUCCCUCCAGUAAGUUUAAACUUUGCCGGUGGUGCAUCAAUGUUAUUGAGGCCCCAAGAUUAUCUUUUGCAACAGAAUUCUGUGGGCGGUGCUGCAGUAUGGUGCAUCGGCAUUCAGAAAAUUCAGGGUCAAGGAAUUACAAUUUUAGGAGACCUUGUUCUGAAAGAUAAGAUUGUCGUCUACGAUUUAUCCAACCAACAGAUCGGAUGGGUGAAUUACGACUGUUCGUUGUCUGUGAAUGUCUCUGCGACAACUGGUACAGGUAAAACCGAAUAUUUCAACGCGGGGCAACUCGAUAAUAACAGUUCGAUACAUAACAAAGUUUACAAUUUACUAAUACCAAACACCAUUAUAGCUUUCUUGUUGCAUAUAGUAUUCUUUGGUGUUCUUACAUUCUUGUAAUAUAUCCAUUUAUAGAAUCAUAUAUAUGUUUUUUUUCCUUUAUUUUUUUUUUGGGUAGAUUUUUCCUUUUUUUCUUUUAGUUCCCUGUUAUUUUAGCCAUCCAGCUGCGUUUGUUGUAUAAUACUUAGAUAUUAGUUGGUCAUUCGACACAAAAUUUCAUAGAGGAUUACGUUACGGGACUAAUGUCGUGUAUUUUACGAAGGUGAAAAUCGGAUGGAAUGACGUCCUCGUAAAA